GUGACGCUUCGAAGUGGCUUAGUUAUUAAAGUGUAUUUCUACCUAGUGUUAUCAUGGUGAAGUUUAUGGAAUUUGCAUCGUCAAAUAGCAUUUUCGGGGACGUUUAUUUUGGAAUUAGUUUUGUUGUUUUAGGUACUGUUUUGAUGGGAAGCUUAUGGUACAUGUAUAGAACAAAGUCCUGUCCCAAACAGUGGAGAGCUGAUGGAAAGACAAUUCUCAUCACUGGUGGUAAUACAGGAAUUGGAAAAUGGACUGCUCUGGAAUUAGCCAAAAGAGUUAUUGCAAGGACAGAGACUGUGUCCGGUGAGGAGGAGGGAGGGGGUAAAACUGCAAGAAGACUCCUUAUACCUGUAAUUGCAAUCAGUGUUACUCGAGGUGAAGAGGCUGCAGAGUUUAUUUGCUCUAAAGUUCCUUGUGCAUUAGUCACUGUCAUGAAGAUGGACCUUUCUUCUCUAAACUCUGUUCGUCAUUUUGUUAAAGAAUUUAAGGCGAAAUAUGACAAGCUGGACAUACUAAUCAACAAUGCAGGGGUUGCUCUUGUGCCUUUGACUCGAUCUGAAGAUGGAUAUGAACUGCAUUUUGCUGUUAAUCAUCUUGGACAUUUUCUUCUAACAUGUCUUCUUCUUGAUCAGCUAAAAGCUUCAACUGAAGGGGCACGAAUAGUUGUCGUUUCUGCUCUUGCUCACAAAUUUGUGUCAAUAAAUCUUAAAGAAAUAAAUUCAGAAGAAGGCUAUGUAUCCUGGAAAGCUUAUUCCCGGUCAAAACUGGCUAAUAUCCUGUUUGCUCGAGAAUUAACUAAACUUUUGAAAGGUUCAAAUGUUACAGUGAACAGCCUUCACCCAGGCAUAGUGGAGACAGACUUGCUUCGUCACUUAGUAGUAUAUAAAGUCUUCAGAUAUUGUGCUUGGCCAUUUAUAAAAUUCUUCCUCAAAACUCCAAGAGAGGGUGCUCAGACCAGUGUGUACGUAGCAGUUUCACCUGAUCUCGCAGGGGUAUCAGGAAAAUAUUUCAGUGACUGUGAUGAAGCAUCUGUAUCUAAGGAAGCUGAAGAUGAUCAUCUUGCUCAAGCUCUCUGGAAAAUGAGUGUGGAAAUGACAGGAUUAUAGUUCAAAACUUAUGUUAAGUCUUUGGGUGUAUGUGAAUUUUAUUGUAUAAUUAACAUUAAAAUAUUCCAUUUUGAAUACAGAAGAAAAAAAAUAAAAUGUAUAU